AUGCUGGAGAAGCUGCUUAAAUGCGGUGUGGAUCCUAAUCUGAGCUUCCACAGUGCGCAUGCGGCUACAUUGGAGCGCAGGGAGAGAACUGAUGAAGAGGAAGACAAGGAUCAGCCAUUCCGGUCUGGUCGUGAGCUCUGUGAGAUAACAUCUCUAGCUAAAGGAGACGCUGACAAGAUGCCGGCACUUGUACGUGUUGCUAUCACUCCAAACGUGUCGACGCGAUACCAUACGCUAGCUCUCUUGCUCCGAUACGGCGCCAAACUGUCGACUGCUGACGGCAGAGGCAACACGAUACUUAUGCAUCUCGCAGCACGUAACCUCGUUGCAGAGACCCGUCUCGCACUUGGACUCGUUCGAUCAGUACCGGACCCGAAGGAUCUCAGCGUAACACCAAUGGGUUGA